AUGGUGCCCCCUGAACAUGUCCAAAGUCAAGCAGCGUCUAAAGCAGCAGAGGUGCACCAGAAAUACGUGCCACUACCCCAGUUUUCUGCUCCAGUACCCACCAACCCGCAACAUGCAAUGGCAGCUCUACCUCCUGCACUGGAACAGUUACCUGCAGUGAGAGAAAUGGACAGGGUCGUGGCCGUAAAAGAGAUUUGGGAACGUAACUGCACCACUUUGGAAACCAGUCAGCGGGAAGCUUUAUGGCAAGUGCUACUGCAGUACAAAGACAUCUUUGCCCUUUCUGAAGAGGAGGUGGGUCUAACACACUUGGUGCAGCACGAAAUAGAUACUGGAGAUGCGCACCCGAUCAAAACGCGCCCCCGCCGACUCCCUCUGGCGCAUCAAGCGGCUGCUGAUAGCGCAAUUGACGAAAUGCUCGCGGCUGGUAUUAUCGAGCCGUCAGAUAGUCCCUGGGCUUCGGGGGUUGUGCUGCAAGGUAUCGCGGAGGCCGGGCUGAAACUCCACCCCAACAAAUGCUGCUUCAUGAGAAGGGAAUUGGAGUUUUUAGGGCACAAGGUUGGUGGAGAAGGCAUCAGCACUCUGGAGGAAAAGGUACAGGUUGUCAGGGACUGGCCAAUCCCCACUAACCUCAGAGAACUGAAGAGUUUCAUUGGACUAGCAUCAUAUUACAGGCGAUUCGUGCGCGGUUUCUCUUGCAUCGCCGCACCCCUGUUUGCCCUACAGCGGAAAAAUUGUGACUUUGUGUGGACCCCAGAGUGCGACCGGGCCUUUUGCACUUUGAAAAAGGCACUGACGGAGUCUCCCAUCUUAACCCCCCCAGAUACCAAUCUGCCAUUUGUCAUGGACACAGACGCCAGCGAUGCGGGGAUGGGUGCAGUGUUGAGCCAGGUGGGAUCACACGGGGAGAAAGUAGUGGCAUACUUUAGCAAAACUUUCAACAAGGCUGAGCGGCGUUAUUGCGUGACGCGGAGAGAGUUGCUUGCUAUUGUGAGAGCGAUAGGGCAUUUCCGGUACUAUCUCUGUGGCCUCCCCUUUACUGUGAGAACAGAUCACUCAGCACUCCAAUGGUUAAUGUCCUUUAAAGAACCAGAGGGGCAGAUUGCCCGCUGGUUGGAAGAACUUGCGCCAUAUAAUUUCAAAGUGGAGUACAGGGCUGGGAGUCGCCAUGCCAACGCGGAUGCCAUGUCCAGACGUCCAUGUGCUCUGGAUGGCUGCCGCUAUUGUGAAAAACGAGAGGCCAAGGAACAGGAGCUCUGUGUUGAGGAGCAGGCGGGUCCCUUGUGCAGCGGGGAAGGGCCAAUCUGUGAAGUGGCGGAGCUCCAUGAUCCACUGGAGUGGAGGGCUCAGCAGGAACUGGAUCCCGAUCUGCAACCUGUGCUGCAGUGGGUUCAAUCGGGACAGAGACCACAGUGGAGUGAGGUAGCUGGGUUUUCGCUGGCCACCAAAGGACUGUUUGAAAAGUUUACAACCCUCCGUAUAAAAGACAGAGUACUUCAAAGAGCGUGGAAAGAGCCAGCUACAGGGGAGGAAAGGUGGCAAACUGUAGUCCCCAGAGCACUCAGAGACCCAGUUCUGAAGGCUUGUCACGGAACUCCUGGGGCGGGACACUUUGGAGUCUCAAAAACUCUCAGACGGCUCAGGCAAGGGUUUUACUGGGGCCAGCUCAGGAGGGAUGUAGAGGACUUUUGUCGUCGUUGCGACCUGUGCGCUGCUUAUAAGGGCCCUCCAGGUCAAUCCCGUGCCGAGCUUCAGCAGUUGGCCGUGGGGGCCCCUAUGGAAAGAGUGGCUGUGGACAUAAUGGGUCCGUUUCCCCGGUCAGACCAGGGGAAUCGUUAUGUACUCGCUGCCAUGGACUAUUUCACUAAAUGGCCAGAGGCAUUUGCCAUCCCGGAUCAGGAAGCGGUGACGGUGGCAGACACCCUGGUGGAGGGAAUGUUUUCCAGGUUUGGGGCACCCGAAGUUAUCCACAGCGACCAGGGGAGAAACUUUGAGUCUGCCGUUUUCUCUGCAAUGUGUCAGCGUAUGGGAGCGCAAAAGACACGUACUACCCCACUACACCCUCAGAGUGAUGGGCUAGUCGAGCGUUUCAACAGAACACUCGCAAAACAACUGGCGAUCAUCACUGCAGAACACCAGCGGGAUUGGGAUAUGCACCUCCCCCUUAUCCUGCUUGCCUACAGGUCUUCGGUUCAGGAGUCCACAGCAUGCACACCUGCUCUUCUCAUGUUGGGGCGAGAGCUGCGGACACCCAGAGAAAUGUGCUUUGGCAGACCCCCACACACUCCUGCUGUCCCACCAGGACCGGAAUACGCUCGGAGGCUACAGGACCGGAUGGAGACAGCUCAUGCGUUUGCCCGUGACCAGCUGCAAAAGUCUGGGAUCCGGCAGAAAAGAAACUACGACAUGAGGGCCAAAGGAAGAGACUUUAACCCUGAGGACCUCGUGUGGGUGUUCAGCCCUAAGAGAAAAAAAGGGAGGUGCCCUAAGCUGGACUGUCACUGGGUGGGGCCCUGUAGGGUACUUGAGAAGCUUGGGGAGGUGGUGUAUAGGGUGCAGCUCCCACCUAGGGGUAGACGGGUGGCCCUUCACAGAGAUAGAGUUGAAAUGAUGCUCCGGGACGCUGCGAGGAAGGCUCUCUGA